UCAGAUAUCUACGGGUGACAUCACCAGUGUUGCCAGACGUACGAUAAUUAUCGUAUUUGUACGAUAAUUUUGACCUCUGUACGAUGUACGAUCAAUAAUGAAAAAAAUCCCAUAAUGUACGAUAAUUUCAGUAUUUUGUGACACUUCAAAUGAUGGUCCUUAUAAUCGGUUCAUUGAUCUAGCUGUGUGGAUCCUCUACAUCAUGGUUGUAAGGAGAACGUGAACUUUGUUACGCAUGUCUUCCAUCUCAUCUCAUGUUACAUCUUCUCGGCCAAUAAUCGUGGAGAAUGACUCUCUCUCACGAGCACAAGUUAACGUUCCUGCCGCGGCGCUUAGGUCAGUUGUUUCUCACUAAGAAGCCUCAGUCUGUUGUCUAAACAUCUGGACAUGAACAUCUUUCAAGAGUCCUGCUGCUCCAUUUUAGGAGUUCUCCUGGUUUUCUUUCUCCAGGGGUCAUGUACUAAUCCAUAUGUUGAGGUGCACAAAGCUGUCGGAGACUCGCUGGCUUUAAUUGCUGAUUACCCAAAAGAAGAUCUUGAAGUACGCUGGAAAUAUAAUGAGAAUGACUUAGCUGAGUAUGAAACAAAUAAGAUCAAAAAGCUGAAUUCUCAAUUUUACAAAAGGUUAGAGAUGAAUGAGGACAAUAUUAGUAUAACAGCGAAAGACCUGAAACUUCAGGAUUCUGGAAUCUUCUCUAUUGUUGCAAAAACAAGCUCUGUUCAAUAUCCAACAAAAUUAAUUCAGCUACAUGUUCAUGAUCUUAUCAGAGAUGUACAGAUCGAGUCCAGUAAUUCCUGGUUGCCGUCAAAAAACAUCUGCAUGUUUCAUCUUCAGUGUCAGGCAUCCGGCGAUCCGAAUCCCUCCUACAGCUGGAGCGGUGAUCUGGUCAAGACCGGACCGAACCUGAAUAUCAACCUCCGUCUAGCAGAGAGCGCUACACUCAACUGCACCGCCAACAACACCGUCAGCGUCAAGCAUACUACUAAGACUGUAGUGUGUAGAGGGAAAAAUGAGUAUUCAAGGUUCUGUGUAAAAAUGUAGAAUUCUUAAAUUCUCUAAGGAUUAUAUAAUGUUAUAUUUUAAAAUAAAGACCUUUAAGAUAAUUUUUUGCCUAGCG